GCGUGCUUCACUGACCGAGUGGGGACACUACUAUAAGAAGAUAUAUCACCAACGAACAGACAGUUUACGGUUGGAUUGCCGAACGCAGCAGUAGAAAUUUACGCUCGUUUUCAACGAAUCGUCAGAGAUAUAUAUUCAACUACAUUGAAAAACAUUUCUUCAAGGAUAGCAUGUCAAUCACACUUAGAAGCGUUCUCAUAAGCGAUCCCGUAGACGCAUGUUGCGGUGAGUUACUUCUUCGUCACGGUAUCUCAGUUACCACCAAAUGUAAAUUAUCAAAGGAAAAACUGAUAAAAGAGCUACAGAAUCACGAAGGAUUGAUUGUUCGAUCAGAAACAAAAGUAACUGCCGAUGUAUUCGCUUGUUGUCCAAACCUUCGUGUCGUUGGCCGAGCUGGUACUGGUGUUGAUAACAUCGAUCUUGAAGCUGCCACACGAAAAGGAGUCAUUGUAUUGAAUACUCCUGGUGGAAACAGUAUUAGCGCUUGCGAAUUAACAUGCGCUCUAAUCUCUAAUUUGGCGCGUAAUGUUACUCAAGCAGUUCAAUCAUUGAAAGACGGAAGAUGGGACAGAAAAUUGUACUCCGGUUUCGAAUUAUCCAAGAAAACUCUUGCCGUACUUGGAAUGGGUCGUAUUGGACGUGAAGUGACACGAAGGAUGCAAGCAUAUGGAAUGCGAGUGAUCGCCUUCGAUCCUCUACUCACAUCUGAAGACGCAAACUAUCUUAAUGUUGAGAAAUUUUCUUUGGAUGAGAUAUGGCCAGUGGCUGAUUAUAUUACUGUACAUACACCACUUAUUCCUCAAACGAAAAAUUUAAUCAAUGCUACAACAUUAGCGAAAUGUAAAAAAGGAGUACGUAUCAUAAAUGUGGCUCGUGGUGGCAUCGUAGAUGAAGAGGCAUUAUUAAAUGCGUUAAAAUCGGGCCACUGUGCUGGCGCUGCUUUGGAUGUAUUUACAGAAGAACCGCCAAAAAACUCUGUUACUCUAGAAUUAAUUGCACAUCCUAAAGUUAUCUCUACUCCUCAUCUAGGAGCAAGUACUGAGGAAGCUCAGCAACGAGUUGCCGAAGAAAUAGCCCAACAAUUUUUGGUGUUAGCCGGUAGAUCAACGGAAUAUGUAAUUACCGGAAUCGUAAAUGCUCCAAUGUUGAGCGCUGCUAUGUCAGAUGAAAACGCAUCAUGGAUUGAAUUAUCGAAAAAAUUAGGCAAUUUGAUCAGUCGGAUUUUGAAAGGAAAAUUGAAUAUAACUGUACAUAAUCAAAUUAUUGGCAAUAAAGAAAUGGAAAAAAAAACAUUCAUUCACACAGCUGUUCUUGUUGGGAUCUUAUCAGGACAAACAAAAAAUGGUUUAAAUUUGAUCAACGCACCGACAUUAGCACAAGAAAUAGGUAUCGAUAUCAAAAGAAGCUACGAAGAAUCAACGAUUGAAGCAAUUGUUAUUCAAGCUGAGGGUCAUUGGAUCAAAGGAACCGUUUGUAACAACAAACCGAUGUUACUCUCAUUAGAUGACGCAUUGUUUUCUGAUGGAAUAACUUUAGGAGAUUUCAUUUCUUUAUAUCAAACAAAUAAUAUACAAGAUUUAGCGCAAAUUGUAAACGUUUUUUCCUUGAAAAACAUCAAUAUUUGCAACUUGAAUAUCAAUGGAAGUUGGAUGAUUAUUCAAACUGAUCGAGAAGUUUCUAUACCUGUCAAUGGUAUUGAAUCCUUUUGAAAUUAAUGCUUUUUUAUUACAAUGGUUUGAUAAAUAUGUGACAUUAAAUCGCAUAUAUUUAUUCUAUAUUUUUAUAUAAAAAAGAAAAAACACAGUAUUUUAAAAUUUAAUAUAAGUCAUUUCCAUUUGUUAUAUCUGAUAUAUAUAUCUCUAUUAUCGAUGCACAAAUAGCGCAUCAUUUAAUUUUAUUGAAAGUAAAAACGCAAUAGAUUGUGUUUUUAUUUAAAACAUCACAAUCGCACAUAUUUAAAUAUUUUUAUAAAUUUUUCAUAUAUACACGUGCAUUAUAAAAUAAAAAUAUACAAAAAUAUAUAUGUGUGCAAGCACACGUGUAUGUAUAUAAGACCGUAUAUGUAAUUUAUAUAUAAGUAUUUAUAUUUUUAUAUUAUUAAUAAUCAUUAAUAAAAUAUUACAUAUCAUAAAA